UUUUUGUUCUGCAUAGAAAAUGAAAUUGACAUAGAGUUAAGUUUCAGUGGCAAAGAAAAUAGUCAUAAGAAAGAUGAGCAUGAAACUAGAAUGAGAUUCAGUCAUCAGUUAUUGAGAUGACAGUUUGACAAAAUUCUCUAAAAUCUGUAUUCUGAAAAUUGUCUUGAUCUCUGUAAGGACAUCCCCAAUUUAUCUCUGAAAACGCCCAUUUUUUUCUUUGCUAAAAUAAAAAUACAUCAUUACAUGACUGCUCUCCCAAAUUUUCUUUGAAACGAUUCAUCAUCUCAAAUGAAAUCUUUAAAAUUCCUGAAGACUAGCCUGGAGGUUCCUGGAGAGUAAAAAUCAGUCUAGGCCUACGUAGUCAAAGCCGGCCCGUAGGCUUACUCAUGACCAUCAUGACUAUGGAAAGUUCUAACCGAACUUCUGUUAGUUAUGAAUCUGAUUAUCAUUCUGAGACUGAGUGCACCGUAGAGUACGGUACUACUACUUGUAGUACUAGUACAACUCAACUGAUUUUUACUCCCCAGGAUCAGCCUUCAGCCUCAGGCGUGCAGGCUAGAGUAGGAUAGACCAUGUAGAUCAAAGAAAAUCCAGCGACAGGAUCAGGGGGAAUCAGAAAUUUCAGAAGAACCGAGUGAAAAGGGGAAUAAGUCAAGGGUCUAAUCGUCUGUCAACGAAUACGUCUAGCCGUGUCACAGGGCUCGCGAAAGACCGACACAGAAAUGCACUUAUGGGGCUACACAAAACCAUUUCCACAAGAACUUUUUUCACUAACUUGACUCUCAUGACCGUACCUAAGAUACAUGCAUUUAUGACAUAAAUUCGGACAUUACUUCACAAAUCAAUGCAUAAAAAGUUACAAAGAAUAUUGCUCAUCAAACAAAUAUGUCAAAUUACUCACGAUUUUCUCGGAGCUCGGUCCAGCAUGUGUUUUUUCCACCACUUUCACGUCCAGUCUUCCACCUUAAUUUUGCUGCGAAAUUAUCGUCCAGCGGUUGUUGUCUGCACAAUGAUGUACCCAAAUGCUGCACUGUGAUUGGCCAAUUACGCCUAAAAUCCACGGAUUCGGUGGAGUCCACUGUUUCAGACCACCCCAAACAGUUGACUCGAAAUCGUGACGUAAUAGACUUGGUCGAAUCCGUGGAUUCGGUCGAGUCCACCUUUGUGAAUCACAAAAGUGAAUCCGUGGACUUUGGAUCUGGUAAAAUCCGUGGAUUUUGCAGAAUCCACCUUUGUGAAUUCAGGCCUUUGGGAUCCAAAUAUCGUCUGUUGUCCGUCUGUCACAAACCUUGGGAACACAUGACACAUAACUCCUCAACCGUUUAUCAUAGUGAAGAUGAACAAGAGAGUGUACAGAUUUUAGAAGGUAUUGCAGAGAGUGGAAGCACACUAGCUGUAUUACAAGAUCCUGUCACAUGCUUUGCUAAUGCUAGAUACAAGCAGACACAGAGCUUUGAUGUGAGUGAGGACAGUAACUUAAUAUUAAUGGAUUGGCUUACAGCAGGGAGAAUUGCUAGAGGAGAAUGCUGGAAUUUUACAAGCUAUUCUAGUUGCAACUGUGUAACAUACAGUGGUACCCUGAUCUAUAGAGAUUCCAUCACUCUUAAAAAAACACCGCAAAGCAGCAUUAGACAGCGGAUGGGACAACACACUGCAAUAGCCUCAUGUGUAUUAGUUGGUGACAAGCUUAGAUAUAUCAGCAAGCAAGUGCUGGCAAAGUUUGGCGGGAUGCAAGAUUAUGGUGUCAAGCCAGACCAGAAUAUCACAGUGGCCGUCAGUCCUAUCGAGAGAACCAUCAAUCAUAAAGAGAUUCCAGGAGUUAUCAUUAAGUUUGCUAGUUCAUCUGUCAGUCAGGUUAGUGUAAUAAUGAGUUAUCAUAAAGUUUGCUAGUUCAUCUGUCAGUCAUGGUAAUGUUAUAAUGAGUGAUCAUUAAGUUUGUUGGUUCAUCUGUAAGUCAGGUUAAUGUAAUAGUGAGUUAUCAUUAAGUUUGCUAGUUCAUUUGUCAGUCGGGUUAGUGUAAUAAUGAAUUAUCAUCAAGUUUGCCAGUUCAUCUGUCAGGUUAGUGUAAUAAUGAGUUAUCAUUAGGUUUGCCAGUUCAUCUGUCAGUCAGGUUUUAUAGUGUAAUAGUG